CAUGUUCAGCCUGUUGUUUCCACAAGUUCUUUGUUGAUUUUUUUUUUUUUGCUUUUCACUUUCCUCUGCUUCCUCUCACUUAGCCACUUGAGCUUGCACCAGUUGAAAGGACUUUAGUGGGGGGGAGAGAGCGCGCAAACAGCAGAAAGAAAGAGAAGGAACAGACGGAAACCAUGCAAACAGUGAGUCGGCCCAGCGAUUUUCCUCAACAAGCCUAAUCUCUGACCAGCACAAAUUGUUUUUGACUCAUCCCUGGAGAGGUGCCCAAAGAAACCGGAUAGGACAGACCUCGAGGAGGAGAGUUUUGUUCAUCAUUCUGGCUGACAGGCAAGACAAGCAUCCAAGUUGUGGGUACAAGCCAAGAAAGAGUUAACAUUGAGAUAAAGUGGAGAAUCACACAAAUGUGAGUUGAAGCAGACAGAAGGGGUGAUGCUUAGAGGGACAAGAAAGUGAGGAGAAAAGUCAAACAAGAAGCAGCAACAACACAAAGACUGCCCACAGAGAAACGAGAAGUCUUGAGAGUAAGCUGCUCCAAGUCAGGUGGAGAGAAAGAGAAGUAGAACAAGUAGAAACAGAUUUUCAGAGCGAGGAUGGCCAACUCGGGUCUUCAGUUGCUGGGGUACUUUCUGGCGUUGGGCGGCUGGAUCGGCAUCAUCUCCACCACCGCGCUGCCCCAGUGGAAGCAGUCGUCUUAUGCCGGGGAUGCCAUCAUCACAGCUGUCGGUCUGUAUGAGGGGCUUUGGAUGAGUUGUGCGUCGCAGAGUACGGGACAGGUGCAGUGCAAGAUCUUUGACUCCAUGCUCUCGCUGGACACCUCUGUAACACCGACCCCCUGCUACUCCGUGCUACGCUCUAUGUUUCCUGCUCAUUUCUUCUCUCUCCUUUAUCUAGUCCACAUCCAGACAUGCCGGGCUCUCAUGGUGAUAUCAGUGCUCCUUGGCUUUAUCGGCAUCAUCGUCAGCGUCGUAGGAAUGAAGUGCACCAAGGUGGGAGAUAACAACCCGUCCACUAAAACCCGGAUUGCUGUCACCGGAGGAGCUCUCUUCCUGCUCGCAGGUCUCUGCACACUCGUGUCUGUGUCCUGGUAUGCCACUCAAGUGUCCUACCAGUUCUUUAACCCAAAUACACCGCUCAAUGCCAGGUAUGAGUUCGGCUCGGCUCUGUUCGUGGGCUGGGCCGCUGCCAGCCUGACCGUUCUGGGCGGCUCCUUGCUGUGCUGCUCCUGCUCUAAAGACGACAUGCGAGGGCAACAGUAUUACCGUCAAUCACAGCCUUCCACAGCCAGGGAGGCAGAGUUGUUGAGUGAAACUAGUUUCCCUGACUGAUCAGCCCCGCCUUUUUAUCGAGGACUAUCUGACUGUCCAACCACUGAAUUCCCCUCUAUCGUUCCUGUCACAUUAUUGGCCCCAAAUUUGGACCUCUUGAUCAGGAUUCCCAUUUUCUUCCACCUUGCCAGUUUUAAUGGAAAAACGUAGGCUAGGUCUUCUUUCAUUUCACCACCUUUUGAGUCUUCAUUGUAAAUAGAAAUUGUUAAAGAAUACUUUUCUUUGAGAAGUAAGAUAUUAUCCCUGUCUAUGCCUUCCAUACCUCCCUUUGUGUCCUGUCGUUGGCUGAAGGUUAAGAAUGAAUUGAAACAUGACAUUGUGCUGAUUUGUGGUGUCGACUACAGUGAUCUCUAGGUGUUACAAAUGUGUCUUUCUGGUAUAAUUUGUUCUCUGUGACUGUAUUUUCACUGAAACAUGUCUUUUUUCCCCUCUGAAUUGCAGACCAAAUGUUAAAAGUACCCCACCAGAGAAAAGGGAGCAGUACUUGUAGUUGGGGAGAGUCUUCUGGCCUUGCCAUGGCUUAGAUUCUGUCAACAGGCUAAACCCUCCCAAAUGAGGAAUUGAAACCAGACAAGAAACAAAUUUCUGAACUGAACUCAAAACAAUUUGCAGCAGAAUAAUUUUCGGGGUUAUAGGAAUUGCUUGGGGAGGUUUGCAAAUUUUUGAAGUGUUAGGGGGCAGAGAAAUCAGAACCUUGUCUUUGUUGUUGACUUUGGGAGAGACACAGUCAUUCAGGGUAUGUUUUCUAUAACAUGUUAAAAUGCCUGGGUGUGUAUAUCACCUACUCCAUACUGUUUAAAAAAAAAUACUACAUAUGUAAUAUUUUACUACAAUUCCUUAUAACAAGUUUGUGCAAAUGUAAUUGGUUAUGUAUUUGAUGAUAUGAACCCUUUCACUGUCCUUUUCUGUCUGAGUUGUGGAUGUCCUUUGCCAGUAGUUCUGUAUACCUUUUUUAUGUUGGAUUUCUAGGAAUGAAUAUGUAACUACUCUGCAGUAUCACUUAUGAACAAAAAUAAUAUUAGCAAAUAUGUGCUGUCUUAUGUCAUUGUUUUGAUGAAGAAUUUUUGCUUGUUGCCAAACCACCUGGAUCACAGAUGAAUCAUUUCCCUUUACUGUGUCUGUCUUUAAGUUUUCAUCUGCAUAGGCUGUUGCUGACCAUAUCAGAAAAUGGAUGGAUGAACGAAUGACAGUGUCAUCAGUGUCUUGACCCCUAAAUGUAGAGAUGCAUUGAUCAAGCCUUUCCUGGCUGAUAGCGACUCAUAAAACUUUCGUUUGUGUCUUUGGGGUUGAUUUUAACUGACUAUAAGUCUUUGUUCUGAUCCCUGUGACACAUAAAAGAGAGAGUUCAUUGACAGAUAUAGUAAUUUAGUGGAUUUUUAGUUAGGUAUGUCCCAGUAAGGGUCACUCAAGAUGUCAUGGCACAAAACUGCGCAAUGUUAAAAUACCGUAACCUUUUCUUGUCAAAGUGAAGCGUCACGAAGUACAAAUUUGUUGGUGUUAUCACUUGACUUUGCCUGUGGAAGUAAGUCUAAGUGAUUAUUAUGAGCCUGGAUGUGAAGGUAAGUGCUUAAAGCUCGACAUCAUUUCCUAUGUUUUAAAGUCUGAUGUUGAAGUAAAGAGUGGAGCGGCUCCUAGUUUGGCCCUUCAUGUUUUCAGGGUUUGCUUACAGAAGGUUUGUCAGUCUGAUUGAUGACGCUCUUCCAGAUUGAAAGCCUCCUCCACUUUCAAACUGUUUGUGUUGCAGACUUUUGGGCAGUCAAUAAUAAUAAUAAUAAUAAUAAUAAUAAUAAUAAAAGAAAUAAUGAGAGAUGGACAGAAGAAACACUGUGUUAGCUUUUAGCUAAAUUCUGUUGGCGCUCCACUAAAAGGACAGGGGGCCGGGGCCAGGGUGUAAUUUAGCUCACGCUGUCCCCCACAAGACGCCACCCUGGGCAGUUGCCCAUGUGCGUCCGUAUCAGAAAUUAAUUCAACGUCAUUAUUAAAAAUGCAGGUUUUACUGUUUGAGGAACACAAGAGCAAACAUUUUUACUUUUUAUUUAGAAUGAUUUUCAAGCUAGCCAAAGACUAAACCCUAACUAUGAGUACAAGUCAAACUAUGAGUACAAGUCAAAACAAAAAAGAAUAUUUUAGCUGAUUAGAGAUUACUUCAAAACAUAUUUUGAUCUGUAAACAUAAAAAGAUGAAUUCUCAGUUUUCCAUAUUGUCACAGCCAUGUUUUCUAACCUUUAUUUCAGUUUUAGUAAACUCAUAAAUACCAUUACAGUACAUGCAGUGUUUAUCGAUUAAAAAUUGUGAGACUUCUUAGUAAUCAUAGAUUUAAUGAAUAGGGAAAGAAUUAGAAAAUGUAUCGACCUUUGACGCUCAAAUUUCUAAUCUUAGCUGGAAAAUUGGCAGAUUUCCUUCCACGGCUGAUCAGUGCACCUCUACCUACAGGAUGUUCUGCUCUACCUGCUGUCCUGUGUACUAAGGAACACAAGUUUAUGCAAAUGCCUGACUGAUGCCUGCAUUUAUUUCCCCUGGCAUCCCUUUGUCUAAUAUUUACUUCUUUUACGUUGUGUAUUAUCUUAUUUACAGUAUACUCAUGUCUGUCUCCUAGAAUGAAGUAAACAGAGACAUAAAAUGAU